CUACGCCCAAAGAGGGUUUUUUUUUUCCUGGGAAAUUGGGCGUUGUGUAGAGUGCGGCGAAGUUCAGGAAUCAAGAGGCCUUAACUACGCCGGAAAAAAUGGUGGCAAUCGGUUCCAAUGGCGGGAUGUGGGGAUGGAAUCUUCCACCUAGAGGAAGAAAAAGGAAGCCUUUCGGAUCAAACUCGAAAUCCUUCAACUCGGCAGAGGGAGCGGGAAGAGGCCUGUAUUGCUUCCCCUUAAAGCAAGCGGUGACGGCUGGCGCUCUUGCUCUCACUGGUGACACUAUCGCUCAAAUCAGGGACCGUUGGAGAGGAAAACGAAGUUCUGUCAAGGGUCCUAACGAUGAGGAUGUCAUCUUGGGAACCUUCUCAAUUCAUGAUUGGCUUCGUGCCUUGCGGAUGACUUCUUAUGGAUUUUUAUUCUAUGGUCCUGGUUCCUAUGCUUGGUACCACUAUCUUGAUCAUUGUUUGCCAGGGCUGACUGUUAAAAAUAUAACUCUCAAGGUCUUAUUAAACCAAAUAGUGCUUGGUCCUUGCGUGAUUGCUGUUGUUUUUGCAUGGAACAAUUUGUGGCAAGGAAAGCUCUCUGAGCUACCAAAAAAGUAUCAGAGAGAUGCUCUUCCAACACUAUUUAAUGGAUUUAGGUUCUGGAUCCCUGUCAGCAUGUUAAACUUUUGGGUGGUCCCUCUUCAAGCUCGUGUAGCAUUCAUGUCCAUGGGUUCCAUAUUUUGGAACUUUUAUUUGUCAUCAACUAUGAGCAAGUAGAUUCAAUGCGAUGAGUUUCUAUUUAUUGGUGUAACAUCAACUUUUGGAAUUCAAGCUUGAGGUUUUUAUAUUUCUUCCUAUUUUAAUGACUCUAAGCUUAUCAUUUAGGGAUGGCAAUUUCCCUUGAUCCCUACAAGGCCCCACGGGGCAAGGAUAGGGGGAGUUUUUCCCCCGUGAAUUUACACGGGGAAUUUUCCCCGCCCUGUGGGGAUCCCUGUCCCUGCAAAAAAUUAAAAAAAAAAAAAAUAAUUUUAUUUUAAAUUUAAUCCAACCCAAUAUAUCAAUACAUUUCAAACCCAACUCAAUUAUUCAUGUUGGAUUGAUCUUUAUUUAUGUUUGGACAAUUGAUAUUUGAUUUUACCACUUGUGUAUUGACCUUAUUGGUUAAAACUAAUUUUAUUUUGCAGUUUGCAAAGGUAGAAUCUAAAUGUUAUUACUGUUGUACAAGGAAGAAAUCCAUUGGUUUAGU